AAUUGUAGAGACUCUGUAUAUAUUGUGAAAGUUUGUGUGAAUAAGAAACAACCUUCAGAAACAUGAGUCUUGUAUCCUAAUAGUGGUAUCAGAGCCAUUAUCACUCUCACGAGUUCCGAUCAUGGCCACUUCCAAUGAUUCCCCAAACUCUGCUACCUCAAAAACCUCCACAACCGCUGCUGUCACUGUCCUCAACCCAGGCCUAACCAAUUGCCCACUUUCCUUCAACUCAGUCGCUUUUCCGGUGAAACUAACUCCCACAAAUUAUUUAUCUUGGAAGGCUCAAUUUACCUCUUUGCUUGCAGGUUAUGAACUUGACGGCUAUCUUGAUGGCAAAAAUCCCUAUUUAGUUGCAACAGCACUUGAAUAUAGCUUAUGGGCAGGCCAAGAUCAACUUCUGCGCCAUGCCCUCAUCACCUCAGUCUCGGAGAAUAUUACCCCUUACAUUGCUGCUGCUGCUGCUACAACGCAACAGGCGUGGGAAACAUUGGCCAAACUCUAUGCUAAUUGUUCCCGCACUCGGAGCCUUCAUAGGGAAGAAAAUCGAGCUAAUUUAACUCCAGCAACUGCUCACUUUGCUGCUGCCCCGAUGGCGUCUAGUUCUGGUAUGCAUUCUUCCUCUUUUAUGGGUACCAGCUCCUCACAAAAUAGGAACUCUGGUUUUUUGCAGCCAUCAAAUCGUGGAAACAGGGGUGCCCAAAACUCCACCAACAGGAACUAUGGGAAUCGGAAGUGUUGCUUUGGACCCAAAUUCAAUAACAGACUUGGUAACUUCACAUGUCAGCUAUGUGGCCACACUGGGCACUUUGCCAAAAAUUGUCCAAAUUAUCGUGUGCAAGCAGUAAGUCCAAUGGCGAAUAUUGCCUCUUCAUCGGUAGCCUUCUCUGAUGACUGUCUCUUGGAUUCUGGGGCCAACAAUCAUGUUACCACUGACUUGACCAACUUAGCACUCCAUUCUGAAUACAAUGGACCUGAUGAACUGCAAAUUGGCGAUGGUACAGGUUUGAAAAUCACUCAUGUGGGGCACUCCACACUAUCCACUCUGACUUCCUCUUUACCUUUACGCAAUAAACUUCGAAAGCAGCACAACUGUAUCCCAGAUGAACAUUACGUGCAGACAAAUUGUUUGCAGUACGUGAAGGAAUAAGGAUCAAUAGAUAAUCUCUCCCAUCAAAAAUUUUUUUUUCCUGAAUUUCACAUCCGUGUCAGUGUCAUUCUUAUUGGGUUGAUUUUGUCGUGUGAUGAUUUUGUGUGGUUGAGACCAUGAAAUCUAAUUUAUCUACCUUUUCUGGUUUCUUGUUUUUUUCUUUUUUGGCCAAUCAAUUCAUUUUCAUUGU